AUGCAUCCAUUGCUUGCUGCUUUUGAAUUUCACACAGAUUUGGGGAUCCUUUCUGCUAUCAAUGAACGAGUUCAGAGACCUCUUGGACUGUUCAUCAGCAUCCAACUCUGUGCUCAUUGGGCCCCUGUUGGACUUGUACGAGAAGUGCUGGGACAAGACAGGCGGCAAAAAGAAGAUCUCAUCAGGACAUUGACUAGUCACAUAGAUGACACAAUCUUGCUUCCGGCGCCGAGUAGUUCUGAUCCAUCUUCUUCGACGGAAGACUCACAACUGCCGUCCUCGAUCAGAUCUUUUAUUAUUGGUUCGCAACGUGGUCUGGACUUUUUGCAGUUCGUGAACAUGAAAAUAUUGGAAGAUAGAUGGUCUUAUCAUCACAAAAAUGUUGAUGGGUGGACGGAGGCAUUGAAAUCACUACAAUUUUUCCGUGGAUUACCGCCUGAUUAUUUUGAACCCAUUCCAGAUGUUUACCUAGGAUUUAGUUUGUACACAUUGGGAAGUGAAGUAUGUGAAAUGGACGUGGAAGUGGAUGCAGGAGGGGGUCAGGAAGCUGACAGUGUGGCCAGCAGAGUUGCUCAGCAGGCGGGUGAAGUGACGGGGAACAAGCAUAUACCACCAUCUUUAACUUCCAGCCAUAAGAAACCCGGAGAUGGUUUACGAGAUUAA